GUGAAGAGGAACUGACAGUCAGAGCUGGUCUGUAGCUCACCAAGAAAGUAAACUAAAGAAUGGAUGGAGCUCAGAGCACCAAAGACAUCGAGCUCAAUCAAGCUCCAGUGGAAGCCACUAAGACUGAUGAACGGCCCAAAUGGGACAAUAAGGUUCAGUACCUGCUGACCUGCAUUGGAUUUGCUGUUGGCUUAGGGAAUGUAUGGAGGUUCCCUUAUUUGUGUCAGGUAUAUGGAGGAGGUGCAUUUCUGAUCCCGUACCUCAUAGCUCUGGUGUUUGAGGGGCUUCCUCUGCUUCACAUGGAGUUAGCUAUUGGUCAGAGGCUCCGCAUGGGCAGCAUAGGAGUCUGGAACUCGAUCUCACCUUAUCUAGGAGGAGUAGGUGUGGCCUCGAUGACAGUGUCAUUUUUAGUUGGUUUAUUUUAUAACACUAUACUGGCCUGGGUUCUGUGGUAUUUCUUCCAUUCGUUCCAAAACCCACUGCCGUGGGAGUCAUGCCCAGUCAACGCAAAUCACACUGAGUAUGUGGAAGAAUGUCAGAAGAGCACUCCAGUGAACUAUUUCUGGUACAGAGAAACAUUGAAUAUCACUCCAAACAUUUCAACUAAUGGGGGUCUUCAAUGGUGGCUAGUGGUGUGCCUGGCUUCAGCUUGGGGUAUUGUCUAUAUCUGCUUCAUUCGAGGCAUCGAAACCAUCGGCAAGGCGGUAUAUGUCACAGCUACUUUCCCAUAUGUUGUGCUCACCAUCUUUCUGAUCCGGGCAUUGUCGCUACCAGGAGCUACUAUUGGAUUGCGCCACCUUUUCACACCGAAUUGGGAAACACUAAAAAACCCAACCGUGUGGUUAGAUGCUGCAACCCAGAUAUUCUUCUCACUGUCACUUGCAUUUGGAGGCCUCAUUGCAUUUUCCAGCUAUAACCCACAAAAAAACAACUGUGAGCGAGAUGCUCUUAUUGUUGGCUGCAUCAACAGUGCUACCUCAAUCUAUGCAUCAAUUCCUAUUUUUUCCAUCCUGGGAUUUAAAGCACUGUCAAGCUAUAAUGAAUGUGUAGACAAUAAUAUCAAGGGAUUGAUGAACACUUUUAAUAUUCCGGAUGAGAAUAUAACAGAGGAAAAUUAUGAGAGUUGGUUGACAAAGCUUAAUGAAUCAAAUCCAUAUGCAAUUCAGAAACUUAAUCUGAAGACAUGCAAUCUCCAAGAAUUGCUUGAUCAGAGUGCCUCAGGCACAGGUCUGGCAUUCAUCGUGUUCACUGAGGCAGUAAUAAAGAUGCCAGGUUCCCAGGUCUGGGCUGUGCUUUUCUUUAUUAUGCUGUUCAGUCUUGGACUUUCAUCAAUGUUUGGAAAUCUAGAGGGGGUUUUGACACCUCUGUUGGACCUUCACAUGGUGCCAAAGUGCAUUCCUAAGGAGAUUUUCACAGGUCUGAUGUGCAUGGUUUCCUUUCUUGUGGCACUCAUCUUCACUUUGGGAUCUGGUAACUACUGGCUUGCCAUCUUUAAUAACUACGUAGGUUCCUUGCCUCUGCUGGUCAUCGCCUUUUUCGAGAUCACAGCUGUGAUCUACAUCUAUGGUGGCAACAGAUUCAGUGAUGAUAUAGAAUGGAUGACAGGACGCAGACCCAACCUGUACUGGCAAGCUACAUGGAGGGUGAUCAGUCCUUUGAUGCUGCUGGUGGUCUUGCUGGCUUAUGUGGUUGUACAGGCACAAGAAAAUCCCACCUAUGAUGCAUGGAACCCAGAUUACGUGAAUUUUCCUGCUCCAGAAAUCCUGAUGUAUCCAGGCUGGGUUUAUGCCAUUUGUAUUCUCCUUGCCGCUGUUCCCUGUUUAUUAAUUCCGCUUUGGGCACUCUAUCAUUUUAUUAAGUUUUUACAUAAGUGCCUGAAAGACAAACAAGCUAAACUAUGUUAUAAUAAUGAAGGGUAUGAGGUGGAAACAUAAGCAAGGUAAUUAGAUGAAACUUUCAAGUACACAAAUGAAUUGUUCCUGAAUUAAAGCAUACCUCUGGAUGAAACAUAAAACAUCACCUGUGCAAUUUUUGCAUACUGACUUCAUAAAGAUUAUGCUGACACCAAGAUACUGUAAUCAUAUCCAUUUUAUCUAUUGUUUGUAAAUCUAUCUGCCAUUUAUAAUUACAUUACUGGAGUAAUAUAAAUGGUCUGCUCUCUGGAAGAGAUUUUUUUCUUUUUAAUUCUCGCAGUUCACAACGAUUAUCCAGUUUCCGUGCAAUAAACAAAAGAACACACACAAUAUACACAACAUAGUAUAUUGAAUAUACUGUAUGCUUUUUACAAAUGUUUAUUGUAAUUCAUUUGUGUUUUGCUUUGUUCAGAUGUACGAGCUAAUUUUCAAUAUUUGGAAGUGUGUAAUGUUUAUAUGGCUGUGUGAAUAACACAAAGAGGUAAUUUGCAUUGCUCAGACAACAUUGCUUUAAAAGAGUAAUAAACUAUUUGGUCACUAAAUAAAUAUGUC